AAAAGAGACGUUCCACUAGGCAGCGAAGAAGGUUAGAAAGAAUUGUGCUUCAAUUUGGCGCUCCUCUUUCACUUCUCUCACUCACUCUCUCUUGAUCGCUGCAGCAUCUAGGGUUUCUCGAAGUCCAUGGGCCAUGGCUUCCCCUGCACAUUUCGACGAUGACUUCGAUUUCGGAGGCGAAAUUGGCGGAAGGCUUUCAGGUAGUAAGAGGCCAUCUCCGGAUUACGAUGAUGAUGAUUAUGACAAUGAUCCUUUUGCACCCAAGAAGGCAAAAUCAAAAGCUGAAGAAACUACCUCUGGUGUAACAACAGGAAUGAUCUUGUCACUUCGUGAGAGUCUUCAGAGCUGUAAGGAUACGCUUGCAACAUGCCAAAAUGAACUGGAGUCUGCAAAAUCUGAGAUCCAGGGUUGGCAUUCUUCAAUUCAAAAUGAGUCUGUUGUACCUACUGGGACCACUCCAGAGCCCAAAAUGUUGAUUAAAUAUCUUCAGGAGCUAAAAUCCUCUGAAGUGUCUUUUAAAGAAGAGCUUGAAAAAGCGAAGAAAAAAGAAUCAGCAUUCAUUGUAACAUUUGCAAAACGGGAACAAGAGAUAGCGGAGUUGAAGUCUGCUGUGCGGGAUCUGAAAGCCCAACUCAAGCCGCCAUCGAUGCAGGCAAGGAGGUUGUUACUAGAUCCAGCUGUUCAUGAAGAGUUCAGACGUCUAAAGAACUUAGUGGAGGAAAAAGACAAAAAAGUAAAGGAGUUGCAAGAUAACAUUGCCGCUGUAAGUUUUACUCCCCAAAGCAAGAUGGGGAAGAUGCUGAUGGCCAAAUGCAGAACCUUGCAGGAGGAAAAUGAGGAAAUCGGAAACCAAGCUUCUGAGGGAAAGAUUCAUGAGUUGACAAUGAAACUUGCUUUGCAGAAGUCCCAAUGUGCACAAUUUAGAAGUCAAUUUGAAGGGUUGCAGAAGCACAUGGAAGGUCUGACAAAUGAUGUGGAAAGAUCCAAUGAAAUGAUUCUUAUGUUGCAAGAAAAAUUAGAAGAGAAGGAUGAGGAGAUCCAAAGAAUGAAACUUGAGCAACAGAAAAACACGACGGCAGAUGGAAGGUCAGAUGCCCUUAAAAUGAAUGGCGGUGAUGAGAAGCCUGUGGAUGAUGAGAAGUCUGUGGAAGCUGCCAACUAACUUCACUUUUAAUCUUUUUUCUGGGGUAGCAAACAGUCAAUUUUGUUACAAGUUAUUCACCGGUUACUGUACAUUAUUUACAUUGAUUCAUUUUUAUUAUUUUUUACUUUUCGUGAAUAUUCUUUUGUGGUAAUCAAGUAUUUUUGUUGGUGGAACCCAUACAACCAUUUGUGCUCCAA